GCCACGGUAGCGGCUUCACCUUUAAGGCGGCGCGGGGGCUGCUGGGAAGGCCGGCGGGAUGGAGGCGGCGGGACCGGCUCUCGGCUGCGGGUCCGGGUGAGGCGGGCGGCAGCCGGAGCCGGAGCGGGAGCCGGGCCCGAGCCGUGGGCGCAGGCGGCACGACCAUGGCCAUGAUGGUGCUUCCGCGGGAGGAGAAGCUGAGCCAGGACGAGAUCGUGCUGGGCACCAAGGCCGUCAUCCAGGGCCUGGAGACCCUGCGCGGGGAGCAUCGUGCCCUGCUGGCGCCUCUGGUCACGCACGAGGCUGGCGAGGCAGAGCCUGGCUCGCAGGAGCGCUGUGUCCUCCUGCGCCGCUCCCUGGAGGCCAUUGAGCUGGGGCUGGGGGAGGCCCAGGUGAUCCUGGCGCUGUCGAGCCACCUGGGGGCCGUGGAGUCAGAGAAGCAGAAGCUGCGGGCGCAGGUGCGGCGCCUGGUGCAGGAGAACCAGUGGCUGCGUGAGGAGCUGGCGGGGACGCAGCAGAAGCUGCAGCGCAGCGAGCAGGCCGUGGCCCAGCUGGAGGAGGAGAAGCAGCACCUGCUGUUCAUGAGCCAGAUCCGCAAGCUGGACGACGGCGCCUCCCCCAGCGAGGAGAAGGGGGACGUCCCCAAAGACUCCCUGGACGACCUGUUCCCCAACGACGAUGAGCAGAGCCCAGCCCCCAGCCCUGGAGGAGGGGACGUGGCUGCUCAGCACGGAGGCUACGAAAUCCCAGCACGACUCCGCACCCUGCACAACCUGGUGAUUCAGUACGCCUCGCAGGGCCGCUAUGAGGUGGCCGUGCCACUCUGCAAGCAGGCACUCGAGGAUCUAGAGAAAACAUCGGGCCAUGACCACCCUGACGUGGCCACCAUGCUCAACAUCCUGGCGCUGGUCUAUCGGGACCAGAACAAGUACAAGGAGGCUGCCCACCUGCUCAAUGAUGCCCUGGCCAUCCGGGAGAAGACACUGGGGAAAGACCACCCGGCCGUGGCCGCGACACUGAACAACCUGGCGGUCCUGUACGGCAAGCGCGGCAAGUACAAGGAGGCCGAGCCGCUGUGCAAGCGGGCGCUGGAGAUCCGGGAGAAGGUCCUAGGCAGGUUUCACCCAGAUGUGGCCAAGCAGCUCAGCAACCUGGCCUUGCUGUGCCAGAACCAGGGCAAAGCGGAGGAGGUGGAGCACUACUACCGGCGCGCACUGGAGAUCUACGCCACGCGCCUCGGGCCUGAUGACCCCAACGUGGCCAAGACCAAGAACAACCUGGCUUCGUGCUACCUGAAGCAGGGCAAGUACCAGGAUGCAGAGACCCUGUACAAGGAGAUCCUCACCCGAGCUCACGAGAAGGAAUUUGGCUCUGUCAAUGGGGACAACAAGCCCAUCUGGAUGCAUGCAGAGGAACGGGAGGAGAGCAAGGACAAGCGUCGGGACAGUGCCCCCUAUGGGGAAUACGGCAGCUGGUACAAGGCCUGUAAAGUAGACAGCCCUACAGUCAACACCACCCUGCGCAGCUUGGGGGCCUUGUACCGGCGCCAGGGCAAGCUGGAAGCUGCGCACACGCUGGAAGACUGUGCUAGUCGCAACCGGAAGCAGGGCCUGGACCCUGCAAGCCAGACAAAGGUGGUGGAGCUGCUGAAAGACGGCAGUGGCGGGCGGGGCGACCGCCAUGGCAGCCGGGACAUGGCUGGGGGUGCCGGGCCUCGGGCUGAGUCUGACCUGGAGGAGGCAGGGCCUGCAGCCGAGUGGAGCGGGGAUGGCAGCGGCUUGUUGCGGCGCAGCGGUUCCUUUGGGAAGCUCCGGGACGCCCUGAGGCGCAGCAGUGAGAUGCUGGUGAAGAAGCUGCAGGGGGGUGGCCCCCAAGAGCCCCCCAACCCCAGGAUGAAGCGGGCCAGUUCUCUCAACUUCCUGAACAAGAGUGUGGAAGAGCCGGUCCAGCCUGGAGGCCCAGGUCUCUCUGACAGCCGCACUCUCAGCUCCAGCUCCAUGGACCUCUCCCGACGAAGCUCCCUCGUGGGCUAAUCCGAAGGGAAAGCCAGUUGCCAGAGCCUCCGCCCGGCGUGCCCCCACCCCAGCCCUCCGCAUGGGCCCACUGCUUGUCCUGCCUGUCUUCCCCAAGGCCCCUGUCUUUUCUGUUCAAUCUCAGGGUAACCUCCUCCCUUGUCAUCUCAGCCUGAACCACGGAGGCUGGGUCAGCCUGCUUAGCUCUGUCCCUUAUUUAUUCCUUCCAGCCGGGCCCCCUCUCCCCUAGGUCCUGGCCGGCAGGAGGAGCUGGCCAGAGUCUCCAAGAUAUUCAGUGGCCCACCAGCCCAGACCCCAGAGCCAAGAACACUAAGCACCUGCUGCCCCUUCAGCGUCCUGCCCUCUCCCCACCCCACCCGGCCGUUGCUUCUGUAUAUAGAGAAAUAAGUUAUUGGCCGCGCCCCUCCCUCCAGUCCACGUACUGCCCGGGCUCCCUCACCCCUUCUCUGCGGUACCGCCCAGGCCUUAAUCACCCCAUUCCACGCGGUGGUAUCCCAUAGUCUCCGCGUCCCCGCAGCGACGCUUCCCCAAAGGGUUCCCUGGGCCUUUUCGCGCUCUUCCUGGCCUCUGAGGGACGAGCCCCACUCCACCACGGCCGCAGAACCAAGGGCCUCUCCCGCCGGCCCGGGCCGAGCUGCCUCCCCGCUUCCUCGAGGGGCCGCCCGCGGCAGGGGGGCUGCCCCCGGACAGGGCCGAGGCGGUCACUCUUUAUUUUCAGAUGUUGCUGUAGAAAUAAAGACGGUUUGAAUCUGA